ACUUUCUACUUUCUUCGCCUUGCCCCUGAUCCAGACGGCUUUUUCGACGUUGCUUUUCGCCUCACACGAACAACCGGCCAGGCGAGGCGAGACAGCGCAAUCUUGGAAAGGCGCAGAAUUGGUGCUACCAUGACCGCACCCGGAAUUGAGCGCAUGCAGUCGCCCGGGCGCCCAGCUCGACCUUCAUAAGGGCGGUGAAUCAGGAGUGGCACCAGUCCGCGUUGCCGGUACCUGGCUGCCCCUUCGUUCAGAGCGACGGCCUCUUUGAGUGCCUGCGAUGCUAGGCUGAGGCCCGGCUCACCACAAAAGAACGGCUACCGUCUGGUCUCUCGCCGAUUUUUGGCUUCUGUCAGUCUACGCUCUGUCUUUUUUAAUUCUGCAUCACCGCACCACCGAUAAUGGCGCCUCGCCGAGCCACCCACUGUACCGGCAUUACAAAGGACAAACGGCAAUGCCAGAGGAGCGGAGGGCACAUCAAACACCCCCGUCCCGGUCCAAAGGGCAAUCCUAACAUCUUGGAGCGAUGUGAUAUGCACUGUGACCCGGAGAGGCAUGCGGAAACCGCCUGCAAACCGACUUUCCUCGAGACUGCUGAGCAGGGAGAUGAUAGCGACGAAAGUGAUGACAAAGAGGAAGAGGAGGAUUCUGGCGAGAGAUCUGGUAUGCGCGUGACCGUCGAGUCACCGUCUGUGGGCGUUGGACGCUCAGCCUCGCGUUUGGCGUCUGCAUCUGCGUCUACGGCUCCGACACUCCCCACAGCCUCGCGGGAACGCAGCGUUCCCGUUACAGCUUCUCCAGCGCCCCCAAGGGCCAGCAUCCGCCACGGAAGCAGGACCCUGAGCGGCCCUGUUCUCGCUCCUGCGUCACGCCGAAGCGCCCCAAGUCAUUCUGCUCCUGUGGAAGACUUCGAAGAUACUCUGUUGGCCUUCGAUCCGGCCCCAGGAAGCGCUGUUUGGGGCCAGCAUGUGACCAAUAGCCGUACGCGACAAAUCGGUGAAGCCCGCCAGUCAGCUCGUCUCCUCACAACUGCAGCACAAGACAAUUCCCGUCACGACUACGAUACGGGCAUCUUGACAUCUGCGGCUCUAUCCUCGCACCAGCGUCACAACCUCGCAGACGCGUCUUUGUUCAGUCUUGCGGAGGCUCACUCGGCACAUGACGCUCGGCUCAACGAUCAUGAAAACCGAAUCUACACUCUGGAGCAACAAUUCAAGGAAUUCGAACUUCGCUAGAGGCGGAGGCGAGAACGCACGAGGCACACAUGCAGAUUGAAGUGGCAUAUGAGUCUCGAUUGCGCAGUUACUUGAUCGGCUGAGCAUUUGAUAGUCAUGUAUCAUGGAGCUCCCAAGGUAGUUGCCGUAUCAGGUGGGGCUUGCUCUUGUGUCACACGAGAUGUUUGCGAGCAAAUGAACAAAUUUCGCCGCCCGGCCAUUUUUUUGUGCUACUUCCUCCUCUUCUCACUCUGUACACUCACAUCGCCAUGGUCAAUUACAACUAUUCGGGAGCACAGCAAGCUGGCGAG